AGCUGCGCUCCGACGGUGGCCCUGGCCCGGCCCGGCCCCGACCUCCUCCCUGGGCCCCGCGACCCCGCCAAGCCGGAAAAUGAGGGGCGCCCUGUCCCGACCGCUGCUGCUCCAGUUUGUGCUGCUGCUGCUGCUGCUGCUGCUGCUGCUGUCGCCUUUGAGGGACGGAGUGCGCGCCGCGCAGCCCCAGGCCCUGGGCUAUUUGAUCGCUGUGCCCUCUGUGUUCCGCCCGGGAGUGGAGGAAGUCAUCAGUGUGACCAUCUUUAAUUCCCCAGGGGAAGUCACCAUCCAGGCUCAGCUGGUGGCCCAGGGCCAGGCGGUGGCCCAGAGCCAGGGAGCUAUCCUGGAUAAAGGAACCAUCAAACUCAAGGUCCCCACGGGCCUCCGUGGCCAGGCACUCCUGAGGGUGCAGGGCCACAGCCCGCGGGCGGAAGAGGGCACCCUCUUCCACAACCAGACCUCGGUGACGGUGGACAGCCGAGGGGCCUCUGUGUUCAUCCAGACCGACAAGCCCGUGUACAGGCCCCAGCACCGAGUGCACAUCAACGUCUUCACCGUGUCCCCAGACCUGAGGCCUGUCCAUGGGAAGGUGGACGCGUACGUCCUGGACCCCCGCGGCUCUCGGGUGAUGGAGUGGCGGUGCCUGAAGACGCCGUGCUGCGGCGUCACCAACAUGAGCUUUCCCCUGUCCGACCAGCCCGUGUUGGGGGAGUGGUUCGUCUUUGUGGAGAUGCAGGGCCACCUGUACAACAGGUCCUUUGAGGUCCAGAAGUACGUGCUGCCCAGGUUUGAGCUCCUGAUCGCCCCUCCCCCGUACAUCCGAGACCUGGACGCCUGCGAGAAGGCCGCCGUGCAGGCCAGGUACACCUUUGGGAAGCCCGUGUCCGGGACCUUAACGAUAAACAUGACUGUGGACGGAGUGGGGUACUACAGCCACGAGGUGGGGCGCCCCGUCCUCAGAACCAUGAAGAUCCUGGGCUCCCAGGCCUUUGACAUCUGCGUGAGGGACCUGAUCCCGGUGGACGUCCCCGAACACUUCCGGGGCAGGGUCAGCAUCUGGGCCACAGUGACCAGCGUGGAUGGGGGUCAGCAGGUGGCCUUCGACGACUCCACCCCUGUCCAGAGGCAGCUGGUGGACAUCCGCUACUCCAGGGACACGCGGAGACAGUUCAAGCCAGGCCUGGCCUACGUGGGGAAGGUGGAGCUCUCCUACCCCGACGGCAGCCCAGCCGAGGGCGUGACGGUGCAGGUCAAGGCGGAGCUGAUGCCCAGGGACAACAUCUACACCCGCGAGUUCGUGUCCCAGGGUGGGCUCGUGCGGUUCGAAAUCCCCUCCAUCCCCAUGUCAGCCCAGCGAGUGUGGCUAGAGACCAAGGUGACGGCACUGGACGGGAAGCCCGUGGGGGCCCAGUACCUGCCCAGUUACCUCGCCCUUGGCAGCUGGUACUCCCCCAGUCAGUGCCACCUGCAGUUACAGCCGCCCUCGCGUCCCCUGCAGGUUGGGGAGGAGGCCCGUUUUUCUGUGCACUCUACGUGUCCCUGUAACUUCACCCUGUACUACGAGGUGGCCGCUCGGGGCAACAUCGUGCUCUCCGGCCAGCAGCCCGCCCACAUCACCCUGCAGCGGAGCAGGCGGGCGGCCCCGGCUCCGGAGAAGCCCAUUCGCUUGACGCACCUUUCGGAGACGGAGCCCCCUCCUGCCCCAGCCGCCGAGGUCAACGUGUGCGUGACCUCUCUCCGACUGGCCGUGACCCCCAGCAUGGUCCCGCUUGGCCGCCUGCUGGUUCUGUACGUCAGGGAGGAUGGAGAAGGGGUCACCGACAGCCUCCAGUUUGCAGUCGAGAAUUACUUCGAAAACCAGGUUUCACUGACGUAUUCGGCAAACGAGACCCGUCCCGGGGAGGUGGUGGACCUCCGGGUCAGGGCCGCGAGGGGCAGCUGCGUGUGCAUUGCCGCGGUGGACAGGAGCGUCUACCUGCUCGGGUCUGGGUUUCGGCUGACUCCGGCCCAGGUUUUCCGGGAACUGGAAGACUACGACGUUUCCGACGCCUUCGGUGUGUCCAGGGAGGACGGAGCGUCCUGGUGGGCGGGGCUGACCGCUCGACGGCGCCGGCGCUCCUCUGCCUUCCCGUGGCCCUGGGGUGUCACCAAGGACUCGGGAUUUGCCUUCACCGAAACAGGACUAGUGGUGAUGACCAACAGGGUCAGCCUGAACCACCGGCAGGAUGGCAGCCUCUACACCGACGAGGUUGUCCCGGCUUUCCAGCCCCACACAGGGACCCUGGUGGCCGUGGCGCCUUCCAGGCAACCCCCCAGAGCAGAGAAGAGAAAAAGGACGUUCUUCCCCGAGACGUGGCUUUGGCGGUGUGUCAACGUCAGUGACCCGUCAGGGGAGGAGACCCUCAGUCUGCAGGUGCCUGACUCCAUCACCAGCUGGGUGGGGGAGGCCGUGGGCCUCUCCACCUCACGGGGCCUGGGAAUUGCCGAGCCCGCCCUGCUGAAGACCUUCAAGCCCUUCUUCCUGGACUUCACGCUGCCCCCUCUUGUUGUUCGUGGGGAGCAGGUCAAGGUCCCACUCAGUGUCUACAACUACUUGGGCACCUGUGCUGAGGUGCACGUGAAGAUCUCCGUGCCCAAGGGCGUCCAGCUGGCGGGGCACCCCAGCAGACGGCACCUGACCAAGGAGAUGUGUGUGGCCCCCGGGGAGACGGGACCCACCUGGGUCGUCCUGUCCUUCAGCAACCUGGGGCUCAGCAACAUCACAGCCAAAGCCCUGGCCUAUGGAGACGCAGGCUGCUGCCGGGACGGGAGGCCCAGCAGACACGCAGGGGAGGGUCCCCCCGACAGGAGGGUCCCCGCCGGGGCGGAUCACAUCCGGCGCAGCCUAACCGUGGAGCCUGAAGGGGCGCCGCGGUCCUACACCUACAGUGCUUUCUUCUGUCCCAACGAGAGACUCCACAUCUCCACCCCCAACAAAUAUGAGUUCCAGUACGUGCAGCGGCCGCAGCGUCUCACCCGUUUCGAUGUGGCCGUGCGAGCACACAACGACGCCCGUGUAGCCUUGUCCUCGGGGCCCCAGGACACAGCGGGCAUGAUCGAGAUCGUCCUGGGGGGCCAUCAGAACACCAGGUCAUGGAUUGCGACCAGCAAGAUGGGUGAGCCCGUGGCCAGUGCCCACACGGCCAAGAUCCUCUCCUGGGACGAGUUCAGGACGUUCUGGGUCAGCUGGCGCGACGGGCUCGUUCAGGUUGGCCAUGGUCCAGAGCCAUCCAACGAGUCCGUCAUCAUGGCCUGGACCCUCCCGAGGCCACCGGAGGUCCCGUUCAUUGGCUUCUCCACGGGCUGGGGCUCUGUGGGCGAGUUCCGCAUCUGGCGGAAGAUGGAGGUGGAUGAGAGCUACGGCGAGGCCUUCACCCUGGGGGUCCCACGUGGGGCCAUCCCUGGGUCUGAGCGGGCAGCUGCUUCCCUCACAGGCGACGUCAUGGGGCCCACCCUGAACCACCUCAACAAGCUCCUGCGCCUGCCCUUUGGCUGCGGAGAGCAGAACAUGAUCCACUUUGCCCCCAAUGUCUUCGUCUUGAGGUAUCUUCAGAAAACCCAGCAGCUCAGCCCUGAGGUGGAGAGGGACACCACUGACUACCUGGUCCAGGGGUACCAGCGCCAGCUGACCUACAGGCACCAGGACGGUUCCUACAGUGCAUUCGGGGAGCGAGACACGUCGGGGAGCAUGUGGCUCACAGCCUUUGUCCUGAAGUCCUUCGCGCAGGCGCGGAGCUUCAUAUUCAUCGACCCCCAGGAGCUGGCCGCUGCCAAGGGCUGGAUCAUCCAGCAGCAGGGAGCUGACGGCGCCUUCCCCGUGGUGGGCAGGAUCCUGAACAAGGACAUCCAGGGUGGGAUCCACGGUGCAGUCCCGCUGACGGCCUACGUGGUGGCUGCUCUCCUGGAGACUGGCACAGUGUCCGAGGAGGAGAGGGCCGCCGUUGCCAAAGCAAGACGCUUCCUGGAGUCCAGGGGGCCCCUGGCCACAGAUCCCUACAGCCAUGCUCUGACCGCCUACGCGCUGACCCUGCUCCGCAGCCCCGCAGCCCCUGAGGCCCUGCGCAAGCUCCGCAGCCUCGCCAUCACACAGGAUGGAGUCACCCACUGGAGCCUGACAGGUUCCCGGGGCGUGGACAAGGACGCAUUCCUGAGCUUCGGGGAUGGGGUCUCUCGGUCAGUGGUCUCAGCAGAGGUGGAAAUGACCGCCUACGCCCUGCUGACCUACACCCUCCUGGGUGACGUGGCCGCCGCCCUGCCUGCGGUGAAGUGGCUGUCCCAGCAGCGGAAUGCCCUUGGGGGCUUCUCUUCCACUCAGGACACCUGCGUGGCCCUGCAGGCCCUGGCAGAGUACGCCAUCUUGUCCUAUGCUGGCGGUGUCAACCUCACGGUCUCCCUGGCCUCCACCAACCUGGACUACCAGGAGACCUUCACGCUGCACAGGGCCAACCGGAAGGUUCUGCAGACGGCGGCGAUCCCCAGCCUCCCGACCGGGCUGUUCGUGAGCGCCAGGGGAGACGGCUGCUGCCUCCUGCAGAUCGAUGUCACCUACCACGUGCCCGACCCCGUGACCAAGCCUGCCUUCCAGUUGCUGGUGCGCCUGGAGGAGCCCGAGGCUGAGGGGCGCCCGUCCCCUGUGCCCGCCUCCUCGGCUGGGGGCCCGCGGGGUGGGGAGCAGCACCUGGCUGACGAUGACGACCCCGCGGCUGACCAGCACCACCAGGAGUACAAGGUGACGCUGGAGGUGUGUGCCAGGUGGCUGCACACAGGGUCUUCCAACAUGGCCGUCCUUGAGGUGCCCCUGCUGUCCGGCUUUCGGGCUGACAUUGAGAGCCUGGAGCAGCUGCUCCUUGACAGACACAUCGGGAUGAAGAGGUACGAGGUGGCCGGACGCAGGGUCCUCUUCUACUUUGACGAGAUCCCCAGCCAGUGCCUGACGUGCGUGAAGUUCCAGGCGCUCCGUGAGUACGUCGUGGGCAGGACCUCGGCGCUGCCCAUCUCGGUGUACGACUACUACGAGCCUGCCUUCCAGGCCACGCGCUUCUACAACGUCAGCGCGCGCAGCCCACUUGCCCGGGAGCUGUGCGCGGGCCCCGCGUGCAACGAGGUGGAGCGCGCCCCAGCCCAGAGUCGCGGCUGGUCCCCGGGCGAGCUGGGCCCCGCGGUGGCCCCUGAGGAGGGGGCGGCGAUGGCACGCUGCGGCUGCGCUCGCGACUGUGGCGCCCACGCGGACCCCGUGUGCGGCUCGGAUGGCGUUGUCUACACUAGCGCCUGCCACCUGCAGGAGGCCGCCUGCCGCCGGCGCGCGCACCUGGAACCCGCGCCCCCGGGUCUCUGCGCCCUCGCACCUCCUGGACCAGGCCCCCCCUCCCUUCCAGAGCAGCAGCCACCAGCCUCUGCGUCCCACUCCUACGAUGACGACCCAGCCCUCCUGGGCCCUGGACACGCACAGCAGGGCAACAUGCUGAGCGCAGCUGGCCUCGAAGCCCUGCGCUGGACCCCCGAGCCUGAGGGGGAGGCAGAGGGCAGCCAGAGCGGUUUCUCUUCCUAACGGCCACCACACUCGAAGCAGGAUGGCGCCAUCUGCCUGCCUGGUCCCUGUCAGCCCGUGACUCUGCCUGGCAGGGGUCCGCCCCAGCCCCCUGUGACCCUGCCUCCAGUCUGGUGGACAGAAUGACGGAACCUGCCCGCCCUAGGAUGGGGAGUCCUGAGCAUGGUAGGGGACAGCUGGAGUGGCUGGGGUCCCCGAGCACCCGGCCUCCACAGCUGCAGGUGGACAUCCAGGUGCCCACUCCCAGCUCUGGGUUGGGGCCACAGCCUGACAUUCUGCUCCUGGGAGAAGGAACAUCCAGGGAGGUGUUGUGGUCCCCGAGUCUUCUUCUGAGAAGACGCAGCUGACCAGAGAAGGGAGACAGCGUCACUGUCCCUCGUCUGUGACUUUGAAACUAAACAAGACACGUGUCUCCAAAACACAGAGCCCUGGACUCUCUCUGGGGCUCUCAGGCCGCUGAGCCUCUAGACCAGGACCUCGGGUUGUGCCAGGACGAUGGCUUCCCUGCACCCUCUGCUCUGGCCCAGGACGUCUUCCAAGUGCAGCCUGGACGGCAGAGGGCCCUGUGGGAAGACCACGGCUCCUGGCAAAGGCACUUUGCUCUGCUCCUGGGGCUGGGGGACCUGGGGCCUCCACAGCCCAUGUCCCCAGCCCCUGGCAUUUAGGGGACGGUUCCUCUCCCAGCAGCUCUGGGGGACCCCAGCCCCAGGGUGGAGGCUGCGUGCUCAGAGCUGCCUGCCUUCUGGGACCCUCCGCCGCCCCAGCCCUUGUCCGUCCCAUCUUGUUGCUCCUGGUGGCCUUGGGGUGCCCGUUUCUGUCCCCCUGGGCCUUUUCAAGACGGUAUUUAUUUCAGCCAGCAUUUCUCUGAUUUAAGGGGGUAGCACAGACCCCUCCCUGGCUGAGAGGCUCCAGCCUGGGGGUCCUCACCUCUCAGUGCCGGCUGCUCCUGCCAGCCCAUGAGGGACAGGCCAGCAGACUUCAUCCCCAGGCCGAGCCCUGUCCCCCCCACUGUAGGGCCUGUUGAUAAAAAUAAAAGCUGAUUUCCAGACUCA